AUGUCUAAUUCAUCAUCAAGUGACGAUUUCAAAUCUCUAAACUCCACUGUUACGCAAAUAAACACCCUAUUUAAUCCGGAGAUCGCAUGCGCCAUUUUUGAUGUUUGUAACGAAGAUGAAGCAAACGAUGUCGAGUCAAGUUCACGUGUACCUCGAACCAGAAGGAGAUCAUGCCGGAGCCGCGGUUCGAACAACGACAUCAAUGUCCUUAAUGAAUCAGAUUUGUUCGAUGAUCUACUCCAAGAUAGGGCCCCCGAAAUGCAAUAUACUAUUAAUGGCGAAGAGUUUACGAAGGGAUAUUAUCUAGCUGACGGUAUUUAUCCUGAAUGGGCUACACUAGUCAAGUCUUUUAAAAGCCCGAUGGACCUAAAGACUACAAAGUUCAAGCGCUGCCAAGAGGCUGCAAGAAAGGAUGUCGAACGAGCUUUUGGGGUGUUUCAAGGUCGUUGGGCAAUCCUUAAACAAGAUGCUCGCCCAUAUUCGGUGAACAAGAUAAAACGUAUGAUGUAUGCUUGUGUCAUUCUACACAACAUGAUUGUUCAAGACAACGGUAACACAAUUUCCGACCUUGAGGAGGAUUACUUGUCCAAUCCAACUAAUAUGCCAAGACGUAUGUGGGAUGAAAGGGUAGCAACGCAAAUGCGAGUUGUUGGAGAGAUACGUAAUAGAAGGACGCAUCAUCGACUUCGCAAUUGA